CAUCCGAGCAGCCAACUCUUAACCCAGUAGGCAAUUACUGGUUUUUGAGCUUGUUCAACGUUCAUUCAGUCAUCACAAGUUGAAACUGUAAGAUACGUUUUGUGUCUGUGACUUGGGCAGGUGCGGUUAGUUUCGUUUUGGACGUGAAUGUGAACGUUGCAAGCGCAAUAGACAAAACAGUAAAAAUAAAAAGUAAUAAGCCGAAAUAAAUAACGAAAGAAAAUUGAAAACAAUAAGAAAAGAAAUAUAAACACAAUAAUUGGAAAUUUGUGAAAUAACCAAAACAAAUUUAUUGGUGACAAGAAAAAAAUAAAUACAAUUUUACAAAAAAACAAUGAAAAGUGUUUAAGAGAAAACGCAAAGAAAUAUUUAAAGAAAAACAGUGUCAACAUCGAAAAAAAAUAUUAAAACAAAAAAAAUUGUUUUGAAGCAUAUCUUUGACAAGAAACCAAAGUUGCAUUUUGGUAACAUCCGUGUGUGUGUGUGUGAAUUAAGGUUUUCAUGAAAAGUGUGGUGGCCAUGAAAGAAUCAAUGACCAUUUUAACGCCGUCCCUUAAUGCCAAUGAACAUCAGAAAAUGUCAAAUCUUAAACCGAAUCGUUCACGUUUUAUGAUCAAUGAUAUAUUGGCGGGUAGUGCUGCCGCCGCUGCAGCCGUUGAGGCUGCCAAUGCGGCGGCUGCCUUCUACAAACAGCAACAGCAACAUAACAACAAUAAUAACAACAACAACAGUGGAGAAUCAUCACAUUCCCCCACAUUGCAACAACAACAGCAGCAUCAACAACAACAGCAUCCGCAUCAUCAAUCGCCGCCACAUCAUUUAAAUACCCAUCCCCUGCACCCGGCAUUACAACAUCCUCAUGCUCAACAUCCGGCUCUGGGCCAUCACCAACCAUUGCCAUUAAUUGCCGGUCAUCAUGCUGCAGCCGCCGCAGCCUUGGCCCAUCAUCAGCAACAACAGCAGCAUGCCAAUUCCACUUCCCCCUCAGGAUUAUCGGCGUCAGGGCCCGGACAGCAUCCCAAUGCCGGUCAUAAAAUGCAUGGAUUUCCCGUCGGUGCAACACAAAUGGGUUCGAACGGUCUCAAUGUGGCCCAAUAUGCGGCCGCCAUGCAACAACAUUAUGCCCAGGCGGCAAAUGCUGCGGCCGCAGCCAGAGCAGCCGCUGUGGAACGGAAUCAUGGGGCCGAACUGGAUGAUAGCAGUGAUUAUCAGGACAAUGAGGAUUGCGAUAGUGAAAAUGGCAGCGGUGGACAUUUGGACGAUAACAGCGUUUGUAGUAAUGGUGGCAAAGAUGAUGAUGGCAACAGUAUUAAGAGCGGCUCCACCAAUGACAUGAGCGGUCUGAGUAAAAAACAACGCAAAGCUCGCACCGCCUUUACCGAUCAUCAGCUACAGACAUUGGAGAAAUCAUUUGAACGCCAAAAAUACCUGAGUGUCCAAGAGAGACAAGAGUUGGCACAUAAAUUGGAUCUCAGUGAUUGUCAGGUUAAGACCUGGUAUCAAAAUCGAAGAACUAAGUGGAAACGACAAACAGCCGUAGGCCUCGAACUUCUCGCCGAAGCGGGCAAUUUCGCUGCAUUCCAACGUUUGUAUGGCGGUUCUCCCUACAUCGGUGCCUGGCCAUAUCCUGGAGCCCAGGCAGCCCAUGCCGGUCACCCACCCAAUUCCAUUGAUUUAUAUUAUCGUCAAGCUGCCGCUGCGGCAGCUAUGCAAAAACCUCUACCCUAUAGUCUUUAUGCUGGUGUACCAAAUAUGAGCCACUUGGCUGGUUUACCGGUGGCAGCUGCUGCAGCUCCCUUCUCACAUUUGACAGCGUCCAGUUCGUUGUCAUCGCUAAGUAGUUAUUAUCAGAGUGCAACAGCAGCUCAAACAAAUCCCCCCACAUCACCGCCACAUGCAGCCAAUGGACCAACGGCGGCUGGAGUUUUGGGUGGUAAUGGUGUAGCUGGGGGAGGUGGUGGUGUCAUUAAGCCCAUACCAACUAGUCCCUCACCCACCCCAUUGGCCGAGUCAUCACCAGUUCAUGCCGGCACAAGAUCGCCAAGUCCCACCCUGAAUCCUGGUAGUCCACCAGGACGUUCAAUUGAUAGCUCAUCACAAAAUCAAUCGGAUGAUGAGGAUCACAUACAGGUUUGAGGUCAUUCGAAACGGGUGAGAUGGGAUUAAAACUGGCUAAAACGGAAGAUCUACAAUAAAUGAGAUUAUCAUUUGACAUUUACUUCAUAUGGCUUAAAAGGCAAAAUUAUGUACAAUUUCGCUCCAUUAAGAAAAGUAUUCGGGAUCUUGUCGAAAUGGUAGCAAAAAAUCAUGGCCAAAUAUGAGAUUAUGGCCAAAACAGGCUCAAUAAAUUCUUACGCUAGUGUAUGUAUACCAGUACUGUUGUAUCAAUGUAUUAUUGUUAAUUAUUGUUUUUUUAUUUCCACUAAAUUAAAUAAUUAAGUAAAUUAAAAAAAGUAUUUAAAAUCCAAUUGAACACAAAACAUGAGGAUUAUCAAUUAAUUUUGUACAGAUUUUAACAACGGCAACAAUUUAGCCACAUCAUCAAAUAUCUAUUUAUGUCAGUUAUAAUGAAAAUAUUUAAGUUAAAAUAAAAAAAAAAAACUCAUUAUUUAAUUUAAAAAAAAAAAAAAAUCUGUAAAUUUUUGCUAGUAAAUGUUUGAAAAAAUAAUAUAUGGAAAAUGGAUUUCAAAAUUUGCUGUAUAUUAGAGAGUUCUUUGUGUUCCGUAUUAUUAUUUAUUUUGACAAUUGGAAUUACCGCUGGAAAUCGUUCAUCAAUAAAUGUUUAGAAUAUUUAAGUUGUGUAUAAAUUAUAUUUAUAUAUCUGUAAAAAAAACCUUAAAAUAAUUAAUAUUUAUCAUCGUAGCUUAUAGAUAUCUAGGUGUAAUAAUUAUUCUUCUUUUUAUUUUUAUUAUAAUAAUGGAAAAGAAAACAAAAAAUAAUAAAAAUUAGCUC